UUCAAUUCUCUAAUUACCAUUAUAAAUAAACCAAACCAUACCAUACUCUCCCUUCAUAUUUUCUUCACCUAUUCUUCCCUCUAGUUUCUUAUUACUUUCUAAUUUCUCUUCUUUAAAAAUUACUUUAUAUUUAUCAACAAUAAAAUGGGAACAACAUCAGGAUCAAAUAUAAAGAUUAUAGUCGAGAAAAAUCCCUCAGAAGCUCGUUUAUCUGAACUGGGUAUUAAAUCAUGGCCUAAAUGGGGUUGUCCACCAGGGAAAAUAACACUGAAAUAUGAUGCCACAGAAACAUGUUAUUUUGUUAGAGGGAGAGUAAAGGCAUAUUCAAAAGGGUCAACAAGUGAUGAUGCAGUAGAGUUUGGGGCAGGAGAUGUUGUGAUUUUUCCCAAGGGACUUAGUUGCAUUUGGGAUGUUUCUGUUGCUGUGGAUAAAUACUAUAAGUUUGAUCCUCCUUCAUCCUAACAUAAUCAUUUAAAAGUCCUUUUAUUUUCUAUUUUGUUGUCCAAAGUAUUUUUUAUUUUUUUACUUUGUUAGAUUUUAUUAGUACCUUCAUAUAUAUUUGUGUUCCAAGAAUCUUGGAAAUGUUGCACAAAUAAUGAGUUAAAUAGCCUUGUUUUUUUUUUAGUGUUUUUACUAAUUUGAUGAAGUUCAGUACUUCAGUUUGUACAAGUUGUCUAAUCCAGCCAUAUUUGUAGGAUCUAUAUCACUAUAUGGAAUAUAAUACCUGGUUUAGCUUCUCAUAAACUUAAUGAAGUUAAUAACUUUCUCUUGUUUAUCA